ACGUGUUUCUAUUAAGCUGAUUGCAUUUAGUGUAUUGUAUUGUAUUGUAUUGUACAUAGCAUUAUUGCAUUGUAUAUAGUACUAUUGCAUAUUCUACAUAAUCUACACUGGACACUGCAACAUGUCAUUCGAAGCUCCAUCACCAACAGUCUGCCACGCCGAAGCCUGCGCAAUCCAAGACUGCCUCAAGCGCGCAAACUACAACGAAUCCCGCUGCACGGCCGCGAUCGACGCGCUGUAUAGUUGCUGCAAGAAGAUGUACGACGAGAACCCGUCUGCGCGCGCGAUCGCGUGCAUGAAGCCCGAGUUGCUUGAGUUGAAGAUGGAUCAGCGGAGGAGGGAGAGCGUGGAUGCGAAGUUGCAUCAGCCGAGGCGUUAGGGAGAGUGUGUGUGAGUGAGUGAGUGAGUGAGAGAGAGUGUGUGUGUGUAAGAUAUGUGGGGGGGAUGGUGUAGAUAUUAUGGAGAUAUAAUGUGGAUAUUGUGCAUGUGCAUUGUCAUUGUAUAUAUAUGCGACCCAACCAGACCGAGACAAACAAAAGAAAGAACCCAAUUAAUACAUAAACAUAUUACAUAAAACAAUUACAAACAACAAUCAAACAACGAUA